CAGCGUUACCUCGUUCAUAUGGACGGCUGUAGCGGUGGCACGUAGACAAGUGGAAUAUCUCUACAAAAUAAGAUCUGCGAAGGAGCAACCUGGUCAUUGCCGAGCAUGGCUGAUGAAGGAUUUGUGGUGCGUGUGCGGGGCCUGCCCUGGUCUUGCGCUGUGGAAGAAGUUCAGAGGUUUUUCUCAGACUGCAAAAUUGCAAACAAUGCCAAUGGCAUCCACUUCACGUAUACACGAGAGGGUCGCCCCAGUGGAGAAGCCUUUGUAGAACUGGAGACAGAGGAGGACCUGAAGAUUGCAGUCAAGAAGGACAGAGAAACCAUGGGUCACAGAUAUGUGGAAGUGUUCAAAUCCAACAAUGUGGAGAUGGACUGGGUCCUGAAGCACACGGGUCCAAACUGCCCCGAGACGGGGGGUGACGGGCUGGUUCGAUUACGCGGACUGCCUUUCGGCUGCAGUAAAGAGGAGAUCGUCCAGUUUUUCUCAGGGUUGGAAAUCGUGCCAAAUGGGAUAACAUUGCCGGUGGACUUCCAGGGGAGGAGUACGGGGGAGGCCUUCGUGCAGUUUGCUUCACAGGAUAUAGCUGAAAAGGCUCUAAAGAAACACAAGGAAAGAAUAGGGCACAGGUACAUAGAGAUUUUCAAGAGCAGCCGGGCGGAGGUGCGGACGCACUACGAGCCUCCUCGCAAGGGCAUGGGCAUGCAGCGGCCCGGGCCCUACGACCGCCCCGGCGGCGGGCGGGGCUACAGCAGCAUGGCCCGCGGGGGCUCCUUUGACAGGAUGCGCCGCGGCGGCUAUGGCGGAGGUGAGGCCGGGGUGUCAGAUGGUCGCUAUGGUGACGGCAGCUCCUCCUUCCAGAGUACCACGGGCCACUGUGUUCACAUGAGGGGGCUUCCCUACCGAGCCACGGAGACCGACAUCUACAAUUUCUUCUCACCGCUGAACCCAGUGCGCGUGCACAUCGAGGUUGGCCCAGAUGGACGAGUGACGGGGGAAGCAGAUGUGGAGUUCGCCACACAUGAGGACGCGGUGGCCGCCAUGUCUAAGGACAAGGCCAACAUGCAGCAUCGCUACGUGGAGCUGUUCCUCAACUCCACAGCAGGGGGCAGCAACGGGGCCUAUGGCAGCCAGAUGAUCGGGGCCAUGGCCAACCAAUCGGCGUACGGCCCCAGUAGCCAGCAGCUGAGCAGCGGCUACACAGGGGGCUAUAGCAGCCAGGCCAGCAUGGGCGGCUACAGCGACUAUAGUAAUCAGAGCGGAAUGAGCAGCAGUUACUAUGGCAGCAGCAGCGGGCGCGGCUCCAUGGGCAUCAAUGGUCUGAGCGGCAUGAGUAUGGGGGCCGGGUGGGGGAUGUAG